CUUCUUCAGACCGAGGGAUAUCGUAGACUUGCGCGAACCGCCGACCACUUUAGCUUAUAAAAGUGAUAACGACAACGUGGCUGACAAUUAAGACAUUUUGUGAUAAAACUCCGGAUCCUUAGGCCAGGGUUAUUGCAUCACCUACUAUGGAAGCAGUGUCAAAAGCAAGAGAAAGAUUCGCUAAAUACCCGGUAGUAUUCGCAAAGUGCUCCAAACAGGCCGCGGUCUAUGCUAAGUGUGUGUUAUUUAACGAGGAAGUGAAAAAAGACGAUUGUGCCAAAGAAUUCAAAGAGUUUUCUGCUUGUUUGCAGUCGGCCGCGAGGGAUAUGAAAACUAAGCUUUAA